UGGCUGAAUUUCAAAAAGAAUGUGAUGAAUACGGAUGUCUGCCAGUGUUGCUGCAGUGGCAAAAGGUUACGGAUAUGCUGUUAGCACAGACAGAACCACAAGAUAAGAAACAGAGACAGAAAGAAAUAGACAAAUGCUGGGUAGGAUUAUGUGAUGAUUUUGGUGGGAAAAUGCAGAAGAAGUGAGAAUGCCUAUAGCACCGAAAGUUAGAGAAAUGGAAAAGAAAGCACAUAGUAAGUUACGGAGACAUGUUGAAGAGAAAGAUAAGGUUAAGUGGUAUAAUACAGGGAAACAUAAUAGCGAGGAAGAAAAUCUAAAAAAGACAUUAAGGAUGUGGACCAGAGUGGCUUUAACGACUACAGCACUCAGCUCGCAGAAAGUACAGAGUGGAGAGAGAAAAGAGGAAGUGAACAGCUCAAGAGUCAGAAAGAUACAGGAAGAGAAAGCAGGAAGCAUUCAGACUAACCCUACAGCUCCUCCCCUUCAGAAACACAUACCUUCAAUAUAUCCUUCAUUAAGCCAUCCUCCGCCAUAUGAGCCGUCCCACCAGCAGAUGGUGGUAGAGAUAAACAGUGGAGAAGUACAUGUAGACCUAACAGGAGUUACAAACCAGAUACAGGCUUUGGAACAGAAAUUUGACUACCUGGUUCAGGCAGUAAGGAAGGAUGUGGAUGACACAUUGCAUAAAGCCAGAGCAGCCAUAGAGGUGGUGGAAAACACCAGGAAUAGUCAGAAGGCGAACUCGACUGAUGAGAGUGAGGAAGCAGAUGAUGAGAGUGAGGACGAGGAUAAGAGUAAGGAACCAUUACGCACACAGCAACCAAAACAUACAUCAACACCCCGCUGUCUUAACGAACAGGAAGAAUCACUUAAGGUGCAAAUUACAGGGGACAUGAUUGUCAAUGGACCAAUAGCAACUAGAUUGAGAAGCAAAUCGGGUCCAUGGGAAAGGGAGUUUGUUUUAUAUGGUCCAGGUAAUCAAAUAAUGGCACCUCAGAUACAGGCACCAUUGAUGCAGAGACCAGGUGGGAAUCUUCAGUACCAGCCCUGGUCACAUAGUGAUAUGACAGCAAUAGUGAGUAAAUUGCCACCCAUAACAUCUGGAGGCAGCAGAUGGCUGAGAAAAUUAACAGUACUCUGUCAUGGCAAUGAUUUGGCAUUGGGUGACAUGAGAUGCCUGUUGGGACAAAUACUGACAGCCUCACAAAUGCAGAAUUUGGAGGUAGAUACUCGCACAACAAUGGAUGCAAAAGAGACACCAUUAGCAAGGGUAAGCACAGAAAUUGGCAAAACACUUAGACGGUUAUAUCCUGUACCACCAACGGUAUACCAAAAUGUAAAAUUCCGCAUUAAGCCAGGUGAGACUGGAGCGGCCUAUUAUUUCCGUUGUGCUGCUGAGUGGGAACAAAUGGUGGAGGAAAACAGUUUAAAUAACCAGGUGACACGAGACAUAUUAAGAGAAGCAGUAAUGACAGGAGCUCCGAAUGGAGUAAAACAAACAAUGGAGAAUAACCCAGAUAUCCCAGUGGCAAGUAACGAGGUAUGGGAAAGACAUUUAAUGCACCACACAGACAGAGCAGUUGAAAGAACCAAUAAAGAAGAAGAGGAACUAGAAAAAGUUAAAACCCAAUUGUUGAAGUUACAAUUAGAAAAAGCCAAAAGUGAGGGCACAACCAAAAAGGCCAAGCAAAUGCCACAACAUACUCCCAAUGCACCCCAACCCAUAGACCCAUAUCAAGGACCCCCUUACAGUGGUUUUCCUUAUGGAGGACCGACGCACCACCAUCCAUAUAGCAACUCACAUUAUGCCCAAGGAUCAAACCGUAGGCAGAGGCCCACCUGGAGAGGCAAUGGACGAGGUAGGCCGGAAAGAGGGAGGGGAGGGUUUGAGAGGGAGCAGUGUUUUGAGUGUGGUGAAUAUGGACACUGGGUGAGAAAUUGCCCACAGAAACCGGCACACAGUCAGGGCCAAAAUAACGGUCCACCUGCGGGGGGAUGGGGUCCCCGAAGAGGUGGCACCGGUGGUCAAGGCAGGGGACCACAAACCCCAUACAACCCGGGGCAACGCCUCUCGUCACCCUCCAACCUACAGGUGCCUGUGCACCCAACAUGGGGCCCGGAGGGUGGGGCGGAGGAAUGUUGAAGGGGCCCACAGAGAACCACCAUGAGAGGAUUGGCUGAACCUCUCAUGGAAAUAGUGGUAAACCAACAACCACUAAAAGCUCUGGUAGAUACCGGGGCCACAUACUCCACUGUAACGAAGGGCACAAUUGACAACAGCGAUCUCACAAAUCGCACAGUAGGAGUAAUAGGAUUCUCUGGUGAGGUAGAAAAAUGGCCUAUGACAAAGUUGCUGAGGGUACAAAUUGAUAAACAAAUAUUGACGCACUCAUUCCUGUACUCUUGUAAUGCUCCCAUCCCCCUUUUGGGCAGAGAUCUAUUGAUCAAGUUAGGAGCUAGCAUUUUAUGUUCUCCCGAGGGAGUGAUAGUGAAAUUUCCAGAUGGUUCAGAAACGAAUUGUUCUCUUUCAGGUCACACCACAGACAGUCAGUGGAUGUUAACAACAUGUGGUGAGUUAGAAGAUGCUGAUAUAUAUUGGGUUGAGCUAGAUUCCAGUGUAGCCCCUAAUAGUAUUGUAUCAAGGUAUAAUGAACAUCGCCAAUGGAUAACAAACAUAGACAUUUUCCUGCCACCCAUAGACCCCUUACAUUGCACAUUGUUCUAUGAUAGGGAUGACACCACACAAUACCAAGAUCUGUUUCAAGCAAUAGAGGACAGUAAAUGGGUGUUAAGGGGAUCUGGACUCAUGAUAGGAAAAGAGGGAGUAGUUGCACCAAUUUUACUGACAGAAGAGCAGAUGAAAUGGUAUGAAAUGUCUGAUACAGCUGCACCACACAUCUCUUUAGCAUUACAACCAAAUCAUGAGGCUAGGGAGCUAGGCAACAUGACUAAGAGAUUGUUAGCAGCCAAAGAUUGGGAACCCACAGAACAUUGGGGUAUCCUAUAUUCAGAUACACAAAAAGCAUAUUGGGUGCAAGACCAUACAGAAGACACAGGGGUGUUGACACACAAACAGAUCUCUAGAAGCCAUGGUAGGGAACAGACAGACGCUGAUGGAACAAGUAAAAUGAUUGACACAUUGCCAGAUAAUCUAUGGUCUAAAGGACCAACAGAUGUAGGGUUUUGUAACAUCAAACCUGUUAGCUUCAAAUUGACCACCACCACACCUAUUUGGGUCCCUCAGUACCGCAACAAACCAGAAGCAGAAGAAGGUGUAGCCACCACUGUUUCCGGACUGAUUGAAAAGGGAGUGAUAACCCCUUAUAGGUCCAAUUGGAACACACCAAUUUUUCCAGUGCCUAAACCAGGCACCAAUAAGUACAGGUUGGUGCAUGAUUUACGCAACAUUAACUCUGUCGUGGUAACACCCACCAUGACUGUACCAAACCCAUAUAUUGCACUGUCUAUAUUGACCCCAAUGCACCAAUGGUUCACGUGCAUUGAUUUGGCUAAUGCUUUCUUCUGUAUUCCAAUCGCAGAGGAUUGCAAAGCAUGUUUGGCUUUUACAUACAGGGGCUGCCAGUAUUCCUAUAACAGACUACCGCAAGGAUUUAUUUUGUCACCAGGAAUUUUUAAUCAUGUAUUAAAACAACAGCUACAGGACUGUAGCUUACCAGAGAACUGUGUCAUGAUCAUGUAUGUUGACGACCUGUUCUUGGCAGCCACAACUGAAAAGGCCUGGCUGGAGGCUACCAGACUUGUGUUGCUUCAGUUGCACAAGUCUGGUUUCAAGGUAAGCAAGGACAAACUGACGGUGUGCAGACCUUGUGUUACAUUUUUAGGUCAACUGAUCACGGCACAGGGAUCAACUUUGACAGGGACACAAAGACAGGGUAUACUCAGCCAUCCUAAGCCAACCACAGUGAAAGACAUGUUGUCAUUUUUAGGCCUCACAGGAUUCAGUAGGCACUAUAUCCCUAUGUAUGUUUCACUGACUACACCACUCAGGCAGUUGGUUAAAGAGCAUGGCAUGAAAAAUCUGAAAGCAGAACUUCAGUGGACACAAGAGGCUGAACGGACGUUCAUUGACCUUAAGACACAGCUAGCUCAUCCUGUGCACCUGAACUGUGCCAACUAUGAGUUACCUUUCUUCCUGGAUGCCUCAGAAUCUGGCUCCAGCGCACAUGGUGUCCUGUUUCAGAAAGACCAAGGCAGGAGAAAAGUGUUGAUGUAUGCGAGUGUGUUGUUAGACUGUGUAGAGCAAAGACAACCAAUUUGUUCCGAUUUCAGCGGUUUAGCUAAAGUUGUGCACAAGACAUCACACAUUGUAAUGGGCCACCCAUUGACAAUACUCACCACGCACUCCAUCAUGUCAUUCGUAAAUUCAGCAUCAUUCACGUUCUCACCACUGAGACAGAGAAGAAUAGCUAAGAUUUUGACCAGCCCCAAUCUCACAUACGCACAUGAAGGCAUCAAUAUGGCUGAUCUAAUGGGUAAUGGACAACCACAUGAUUGUGCACCCAUCACUGAGAGAGCAUCCAAAGUAAGAGGAGAUCUAUCUGCGGUGCCGUUGACAACACCACCGCUAGUUAUGACAUUGUUCACAGAUGGUUGUUGUUUCAGAGCAGAGGAUGGGAGUCUGAAAGCAGCCUAUGCCAUUGUGGAACAGCAAGGAAGUAAUUUCAUGACCAGGGAGUCAGGGCAAUUGGAAGGAAGACAGUCAGCACAAAGAGCUGAAAUGAUAGCAGUAACAAGAGCCCUUCAUUACGCCGGUGAGACCCGUGUGAACAUAUAUUCCGAUUCAGCAUAUGUUGUAACAGCUGUCCACGUGGAAUUGCCCUUAUGGCAGAGAUGUGGGUUCACCACAUCAACAGGUCGACCAAUUACACAUGCAUGUGAAGCCAGGGACCUUUUAGAGGCCCUGAUGAUACCCAAAGAGGUAGCAGUUAUUAAAUGUCCAGGACAUUCAAAAAAUGAUUCCCCUAUCACUGAUGCAAACAAUGCAGCUGAUUUAGCUGCCAAAACUGCAGCUGGCUAUGUUGCAACUCAACAGGUGGUGAGAUCAGACAGAGCCUGUAGUUAUCUUUUGCCUCGUUUCACUCGAGAAUAUUUGAUCAAAGAGCAACAGAAAUCUGGCCCUGAAGAACAAUCAGUCUGGUUGCAGCAUGGAGAAGCAUAUCCUGUCGGCCGAGAGGACAGUACGGCUGUGAUCAAGUGUUUAAUCAAUCAAUACAUACCACAUUACGGGUUCCCACGUCGCAUCAGGUCGGACAAUGGUAGUCAUUUUAAAAAUGAACAUCUGAAAAUUGUUGAACAGGCUCUAGGCCUCACACAUGCGUAUGGUGCGGUUUACCAUCCGGCCAGCCAAGGUAAGGUUGAACGCCUUAACCUGACGAUUAAACUAAAAUUGGCUAAAAUCUGUGCACAGACUAAAUUGAACUGGCUGUCAGCUUUACCCAUUGCUCUCAUGUCUAUUCGUUCUUCUGUCAACAGGAUCUCAGGCUUUACACCUUUUGAAUUGCUUACAGGUCGUCAAUUUCCAGGACCAACCACGGCGUUGAGAGAGGACACAGUGCAGCCAUUGUCACAUACUGUGUAUUUUGAUAAACUAACAGCUCUGAUUCGAACCUUUUCCCAUCAGGUAACUCCUGUACCAGCACAACCGGAGGAACUGCCAUCUCCAGUCACGACAGACUGGGUCAGGACGAGAACAUUCCGUAGAAAGUGGAGUGAACCACGUUGGUCUCAACCUCUACGUGUAACAGCUCGCACCUCACAUUGUGUGCAACUCCAAGGCAAAGGAGACACUUGGUUCCAUUUAACAUCCUGUGUAGCUUGUGACCCCCCUUCUAGGUCUCUUGCUGACACUGGUUUGGACCUGAGGACUCAGGUCCAAGAGAGGGAGGAUACAGAUACAAAGAGUGACGGUAAAACAGACACUGAAAUUGCCACUGGACAACACCAACAGCUCCAAAUUAUACACAAAACAGGCGAUAUUGUGGUCUAGAUAAACUAGACUUCAAGAAAGUGCAAAAGAUUCUGAGUGAAGUGUUCACGGACGUGAACAUACAAAUAACCAUUUAUUCCUUAUAAUCAAGUUUUCAUUAUUGUGUGAUUUUGAGUGUUUUUCAAUG